AUGCUUGUGGUGUAUGGGUAUCCAGGAAGCAAGAUUUGUAGCUGGCUGUCCUCCAUCACCAAUUUAACUCGACUUAUUUUAGAGGAUUGUGUUGAAUGCAAGCAUCUGCCACCACUGCAUCAGCUCGCUUCCCUGAAAUUUCUUAGGCUUUCAGGAUUAAAAGUUUUGGAGAAUGUGUCUGAGAUUGAAAUGCAAAAGGAGUUGUCUUCUUCAAAAUCAACAAAAUUUUUUCCAUCCUUAGAGGAACUCAACCUCAUGAAUUGCCCAAAUCUUAAGGGAUGGUGGAGCGGUGAUGUUGAUGAAGCUUCAAACGCACAGCUGCCUUACUUCCCUUGCCUUUCAGAUUUGACAAUACGAUGGUGCCCUAAUCUAACCUCUAUGCCGCUGUUUCCUUCUGUUCGGGAGCUGCAUUUGAAUGAAACCAGCUGGAAGCAACUUCAAGAGACAAUGAAAUUGAAGAUGACAACAUCAGAAGAACCAUCAUCUUCUUCACUUUUCCCUCCUUUCUCCAAAUUGACAAAAAUGUGGUUUGUAGAUAUCGAAGAACUAGAUUCUCUGCCAGAGGAGUUUCUACAAAACCUAACUUCUCUUUGGUCUCUGUACAUUGCAAGUUGCAGUAACUUGACAUCAAUGCCAAAGGGGAUGCACUUUCUCACCUCUUUACAAGAAUUGAGUAUUUGGGGAUGUCCCCAGCUAUCGGAAAGAUGCCAAAGGGAUAUUGGUGUGGACUGGCCAAAUAUUGCUCACAUUGAAAAUAUUUGUAUUGAUGGACGUGUGAUUUGAUCAAAUCGGGUUCACGCAUUUAGGAACCUUCCAUCGCUUACACAGUGUAUCAAUUUGGGACAGAUUAUGUCAAGGCUUAGAACAGAGUGAAACUUGAUGCUUCAGCUGCACUUGAAUUCAAGAAAUACUAUCAUCCAAUUCUGAUGCCGUAAGUGCCGCCAAAUGAGGAUUUAAUCCAACUUAUUAUUAGUUUUGUUUGAUUAAUUUGUUUGUUUGGUGUGCUUAUUGGU